AUGCAUCUAUCUAUCUAUCUAUCUAUCUAUCUAUCUAUCUAUCUAUCUAUCUAUCAACCCUUAUCAAAAUCAAGUAAUUCAUAUCUACGGAUCUCGCUUAACAAUACAUCUAUCUAUCUAUCUAUCUAUCUAUCUAUCUAUCUAUCUAUCUAUCCUUAUCAAAAUCAAAUAUAUCAUAUCUAUGGAUCUAGCUUAAAAAUACUUCUAUCUAUCUAUCUAUCUAUCUAUCUAUCUAUCUAUCACAACUAUCUUCCGAUGAUCUAUCUAUCGAUUGAUUUUCAACUUUUUAAUCACUUUCAUGUGUUCAGAUCUAUCCUACUUUACUCGUUUCUGUCUACCUAUUCGGACCCAAUAACAUUCUGCCUCUAUCACACUCAAAAAUACAUCUAUCUAUCUAUCUAUCUAUCUAUCUAUCUAUCUAUCUAUCUAUCUAUCUAUCUAUCUAUCUAUCUCAAAAUCAGCUAUAUCAUAUCUAUGAAUCUCGCUUAA